UGGUAUAGGCAACCCAUUUACAAUUUACAAUUUAGGAAUUUUACGUUGGUAUAUUGGUUUUAGUUUCUUUACGUUGGUAAGUUGACAUUUGCGUCAGAGCCAUUUUGUUUCUUGUUGUUAAACGUGAAUAAAACGAAAAAUAAUGCUUCUAUGGUUAUAAAUCUACAAUAAAACCGAUAUUCGUACAAAAAUGGAGCAAAUUCCUCGCACACACGAGGAUAUUGAAGCCCAAAUCCGGGAUAUUCAGGAGAAAAAGAAGAAAGAGGUACAAGAGGUCGAGGCUACGGAUAAGGGGGUUGGAUUAGGGGAGAGCGGAUAUUUCGAUAGCGAAAUUUACGAUGCAGGAGCCGGCAAAGGAAAAUAUGAAGGUUAUGUCACUUCGAUUGCUGCCAAUGACGAAGUGGACGAUGAAGAGGAAGAUUUGGGUUAUUCCCAGAAAAGAACCGGGAUAGGAGCUCCUGUGGCUUUACUAAAUGAUGUAGCACAAAGUGAUAAAGAUUUUGAUCCAUUUGCUGACCGCAGAAGGCCUACCAUAGCUGACAGGGAGGAUGAAUAUCGCCAAAAAAGAAGAAGAAUGAUAAUUUCGCCUGAGCGUGUUGAUCCUUUUGCAGAUGGUGGAAAAACGCCGGAUUUGAACGAACGCGGCUACACGCAGAUUAUGAAAGAGCAGCUGAUCAGAGGGGAAGAAAACGAGCUGCGCAAAAAAAUUAUCGAGAAAGCCAAAGAUGGCACUCUGAAAGCUUCGAACGGCGACGCGAAAUCUGCACCGAAGAAGCGCGGCAGAUGGGAUCAGACUGUCGAUGAGGUCUUCGUGCCCGCCAAGAAAAAAACACUUUCCGUUACCACCAGCAGCAGUGCGGCAACGCCGGUCUGGGAGGGAGACAAAACCCCCGCCGACAUUCGUUGGGACGAAACUCCGGGCCACAAGGGCAGCGAAACCCCCGGGGCGACUCCGGGUCAGUCGACGCGCAUGUGGGACGCCACCCCGGGCGCCGCGACGCCGGGUCGCGAAACCCCGGUGCACGAUAAAGCGUCGUCGCGCAGGAACCGUUGGGACGAGACGCCGAAGACGGAGCGCGAGACGCCCGGUCACAACAGCGGCUGGGCCGAAACGCCGCGGACAGACCGCACCGGGGCCGAUUUGAUUCAGGAGACGCCCACGCCGGGGGCGUCGAAGAGGAGGUCCCGUUGGGACGAGACCCCCUCGGCGACCCCCUCGUCCUCCAUGACCCCCGGCGCGAUGACCCCGCAGACGCCGCACGGCACUCCGGGCCACGCCACGCCCAUGCUGACGCCGGGAGGCUCCACCCCCGUGGGCGUCAAAGCCAUGGCUAUGGCCACCCCGACUCCGGGUCACCUGGCCUCCAUGACCCCCGAACAACUCCAAGCGUACCGCUGGGAGAAGGAGAUCGACGAACGGAACCGUCCGUACUCCGACGAAGAGUUGGACGCCAUGUUCCCGCCGGGUUACAAAGUGCUACCGCCCCCGGCGGGUUACAUUCCCAUAAGAACACCGGCGAGAAAGCUCACCGCUACCCCCACCCCUCUAGUAGGCAACACACCCACCGGGUUUUUCAUCCAGCAAGAAGACAAAUCGGCGAAAUACAUGGAUAACCAACCCAAAGGGCAAAACCUGCCGUUCAUGAAACCCGAGGACGCGCAGUACUUCGACAAACUCCUCGUGGACGUCGACGAGGAAGCUUUGAGUCCCGAGGAGCAAAAAGAACGCAAGAUAAUGAAACUCCUGCUGAAAAUCAAGAACGGAACCCCGCCGAUGCGCAAAGCCGCCCUGAGGCAGAUUACGGAUAAGGCGCGAGAGUUCGGUGCCGGUCCGCUGUUCAACCAAAUCCUACCGCUGCUCAUGAGCCCCACGCUCGAAGACCAAGAACGGCACUUGCUGGUGAAAGUGAUCGACAGGAUCCUGUACAAGCUGGACGAUUUGGUGCGCCCGUACGUGCACAAAAUCCUCGUCGUCAUCGAACCGCUCCUGAUCGACGAGGAUUACUACGCGCGUGUGGAGGGUCGCGAGAUCAUCUCGAACCUGGCCAAAGCCGCCGGCCUGGCGACGAUGAUCUCCACCAUGCGUCCCGACAUCGACAACAUCGACGAGUACGUGCGUAACACGACCGCCAGGGCGUUCGCGGUGGUAGCUUCGGCGUUAGGUAUCCCGUCCCUCCUGCCCUUCUUGAAGGCCGUCUGCCGGUCGAAGAAAUCGUGGCAGGCGCGACACACGGGUAUCAAGAUCGUCCAGCAGAUCGCCAUUCUGAUGGGUUGCGCCAUCUUGCCCCACUUAAAAUCCUUAGUCGAAAUUAUCGAGCACGGUUUGGUGGACGAACAACAAAAGGUCCGUACCAUAACGGCGCUGGGUAUCGCCGCUUUAGCCGAAGCUGCGACCCCCUACGGUAUCGAAAGCUUCGAUUCCGUACUGAAACCCUUGUGGAAAGGUAUCAGAACGCACAGAGGUAAGGGUUUGGCCGCCUUUCUGAAGGCUAUCGGCUAUCUGAUCCCGCUCAUGGACGCCGAGUACGCCAACUACUACACCAGGGAAGUGAUGUUGAUCUUGAUCAGGGAGUUCCAGUCCCCCGACGAGGAAAUGAAGAAGAUCGUGCUGAAAGUGGUGAAGCAGUGCUGCUCCACGGACGGUGUGGAACCGCAAUACAUCAAAGAGGAGAUUCUGCCGCAGUUCUUCAAGCACUUCUGGAACCACAGAAUGGCGCUGGAUAGGCGCAACUACCGACAACUAGUCGACACGACGGUGGAAAUUGCCAACAAAGUGGGCGCUUCGGAGAUCAUAAACAGGAUCGUGGACGAUCUCAAGGACGAGAACGAGCAGUACCGCAAGAUGGUGAUGGAGAGCAUCGAAAAGAUAAUGGGCAAUCUGGGCGCGGCCGACAUCGAUUCGCGUUUGGAAGAGCAACUCAUCGACGGUAUUUUGUACGCGUUCCAGGAACAAACCACCGAAGACGUGGUCAUGUUGAACGGUUUCGGUACCAUCGUCAACCAGCUGGGCAAAAGGGUCAAGCCGUACUUGCCGCAAAUCUGCGGUACGAUCUUGUGGAGGUUGAACAACAAGUCCGCCAAAGUUCGGCAACAAGCCGCCGAUUUGAUCUCCAGGAUAGCCGUGGUCAUGAAGACUUGCCAAGAAGAGAAGCUCAUGGGGCAUUUGGGGGUCGUACUUUACGAGUAUUUGGGAGAAGAGUACCCCGAAGUUUUGGGUUCGAUUAUAGGCGCGUUAAAAGCCAUAGUGAACGUUAUAGGUAUGACCAAAAUGACGCCACCCAUUAAAGACCUUCUGCCGCGUUUGACGCCCAUUCUGAAGAACAGGCACGAAAAAGUGCAAGAAAAUUGUAUCGACUUGGUCGGCAGAAUCGCCGAUAGAGGGCCCGAGUACGUAUCGGCGAGAGAAUGGAUGAGAAUCUGUUUCGAGCUGCUGGAACUGUUAAAAGCACACAAAAAGGCGAUCAGGAGAGCCGCUGUCAACACCUUCGGUUACAUAGCCAAAGCAAUCGGUCCCCACGACGUGUUGGCCACGCUAUUAAACAACCUCAAAGUACAAGAGAGACAGAAUCGCGUCUGCACAACUGUGGCUAUAGCGAUUGUGGCUGAAACCUGCUCACCUUUCACCGUAUUACCGGCUUUAAUGAACGAGUAUAGGGUUCCCGAAUUGAACGUCCAAAACGGCGUUCUCAAAUCCCUAUCUUUCCUCUUCGAGUAUAUCGGGGAAAUGGGCAAGGAUUACAUAUACGCGGUGGCCCCUCUUUUGGAGGACGCCCUCAUGGACAGGGAUUUGGUUCACAGGCAAACCGCCUGCGCGGCUAUCAAGCACAUGGCUCUCGGAGUCUACGGGUUCGGUUGCGAAGACGCCUUGGUGCAUCUGCUGAACUACGUCUGGCCGAAUAUAUUCGAAACUUCGCCGCAUUUGGUGCAGGCUUUCAUGGACGCCAUCGAAGGCAUGCGGGUGGCUUUGGGCCCCAUCAAGAUUUUGCAGUACACAUUACAGGGUUUGUUCCACCCAGCAAGGAAAGUAAGGGACGUUUAUUGGAAAAUUUACAAUUCUCUGUACAUCGGAGGUCAAGAUUCGCUAGUUGCGGGUUAUCCUAGGAUUGUAAACGAUCCUAAAAAUCAGUAUGUCAGAUAUGAAUUAGAUUAUAUUAUUUAAUUUCUGCAGAUUAGUGUCAGUCACGUUUGUCUUAUUUCUGUGUAAAGAUGAAGCAAGUAAUAUAAUAUUAAAGUUUUAAGUUAC